UUAAUCUUCUCACGUACUCCAUAAAACAAGUACUUAUUAGGAAAUCCUGGUGGUCUUACCUGUUCCUUAAACUGCUGCCCGCGAUACCCUCUACAGAUAGUAUACUAUAUACCUGUGUACACACACACAAUAGCUGAAAAACAAUCUGAAUAGGGGAGAGAGAGGGUGUUCUGAUGGAUCGGCGAAAGCCUUGACAGGACUAGUAGGAAGAGAGCAAGGGAGCAUAUGGGCUUAUGGCAUCUGCGAGACAAAAUUUUGGCCUAUCGGGACCGUUAGAGCUGACCUUUGUUGAUUGGAAAAAUCCAUUCCACCGGAGAUCUGUUGCUGCCAGCCUGGUUCAGGGAGUAUACAUUCUAGAACGUGACCGCCAGGAGAAACGCCAAGGUCGUCAUGCCCUUGCUCCUCCCUGGUGGGACUUCUUUAAUUUUCAGUUGAUCCGAAUAUUGGUCGACGAUGCCGAUCUAUCAAUCUUUGGUGCUGUUUACGAGUUCAGAUUUCCACCUUCCGACAAUAACUAUCAGUUGGUCCAAAAGCCUCCAAGAUACAUUAUUGCCUUUCGUGGAACGAUUAUCAAACCAGGUUCCCGGUCUCAGGAUCUUAAGUUGGGUCUCCAGUUCGUCCGAGAUAGACUUCAACAGAGCUCCCGCUUUAAGCUCGCAAUGGAAGCUGUGCAAAGUAUGGUUUUCUUUGCUGGAUGUACAAAUAUCUGGUUGGCCGGACAUUCCUUGGGUUCAGCCAUAGCACUGCUAGCUGGAAAGAACAUGGUCAAGAUGGGUGGUUUUAUAGAAACGUACCUCUUUAACCCUCCGUUCCCAACUGAUCCGCUAGAGCAAAUCAAAAACCAAAAGUUGAAGCAUGGGGUUCGCUGCGCAAGCGCCAUUACAGCUGGAGUUGCUGUUGCUCUAUCUGGCCACCGCCGAAGGGCUCAAAUAGAUGAUUCAUUUGCCGGAUGGGUUCCGUACCUGUUUUUGAAUCCAUCCGAUCCUUUAUCUGCGGGGUACAUUACGUAUUUCAAACAGAGGGAGAAGAUGAUGGAGAUUGCCCGUGGAGCAAUUGCAAGGUUUGCGAAGCAGAAUUCGUCGCUGAGUGGUCGGAGUCAAUCCUCAGUUGCGCGGGGGAGGGAAUCUGAGGCAUCACAUCUCCUUCCUUCAGCCUAUCUGAUUAUUAAUUUGAGCUCCACAAAGGGUUUUAAUCAAGCACAUGGAAUUCACCAAUGGUGGAAAGAUAUGGACUACGAUUUCAAGCUACACCAGUUCAGGCUACUACUUUUGACGAGUCUUCGAGAAAGAUUGCUCCUUGAUUUGGUGUAUGACGAGCGGAUCAUGGAGCAAGCAUCUAUACUUGCAAAAGCCAAUAUGAAUCAUAACAAAGAUCAGUUCAAAUCUAAAGAGCUUGACAUGGACUAAACUGGAAGCGCUGGCAAAGAAAUCUCCUCAGGAUGAUAGCCACUGUAAGUUUCUUCUUGCAAUGAGAAACAACGAUAUCUGGAGAUUUCGCAAUGAGGAAACAAUAAAGUGAUUUGGAAGUUUUUUAACUGGAGUGUUCAAGAAAGAAAGUAGCAAAGCAGAUACUGGCAACAGCUUCUCUAGGGAUUUUGAUUCAAGCAAUGGUCUAUAUUUUGUUGCUAACAAGUGCAGGCUUAAGGGCGAUCUGCAUCUUUCGAAAUUGUAUAUAUCUGGAAAUCUAAUUAUUGAAAUAAACCCCUUGGAGUGAUGAAAAUCAUCGCUCACCAAGCAACCAAAUCAAACUGAUGAAAAUACCCGCUGCACAAUCCAUAUGCGAUGAGGGUUACUCGCCAACAAAAAUUGCCACACUAAGAAAUGUUCGUCGCCUCGAUACUCUCGGUGAUGAAUUGAGGGGGAGAGAGAAAACACCUGCUGCACAAUCCAUACACGAUGGAGCUUACUUGCCAACAAAAAUUGCUCACCAGGAAAUGUUCACCACCGAGAGUUGUUGCGGUGUUAGACUCAUGGAGAAAUGGUACUUCCUUUGGGGUAAGUAGAUAAGAAUGAUUAUUUUGAAUUCUAUGACUUCGGGAUUUUUGUUCAUUAUACGGAAUUACGUUUUAAAAAACAGAAGGUUAUUGAGCAAGCUACCAUUUGGGUUAUAGCUUCUUAUUGUUCUACUUGUCACAGGGUUAUGGAGUAGUAGUUUUCGAUUCUCCCGAGAGGCCACAAUUACCGUGAGCAAACAUAUUAAUGAUUGACAAUGAGGAAGACUUUUUUGUU